CUGGGGCGGGGCAGAGCGAGAAAAGAAAAGGAAGAAAGACUGCUGGAUGUUGAUAGCGUCGCCUAGCAACGGAAGAGAGGAUGGAUCCAAGCAGCGGUGCUGAAUCAGAGCAUGGACAGAUUGCAGAAGAUGAGAAUAAAGAGCUGCUUACAAAAGAUGAAGAGCUGAAAGAUACAAAUGACACAAAUCAAGAUGAUGGAGUGGCCACAGCAACAGUUGCAGAGUUAAAAGACAGUAAUGCCAUGGAGGAAGGGGCAGGAGGGGCUCCUACAGCAGCCAUGGAGGAAAGGGCGGAAGGGACACCUACCAGGGCCACGGAGGAAGGAGAAGGAGGGGCUCCUGCAGGAGCUGUGGAGGAAGGAGCAGGGCAGGGUCCUACAGCAGCCAUGGUGGAAGGAGCAGAAAGGGCUCCUGGAGAGGCCACAGAGGAAGAGGCAAAACAGGCUCUUAUGGUGGCCGUGCAGGAAGGGGCAGGAGGUGCUCCUACAGGAGUCUUGGAAGAGAGCCUCUCAGCAAAGAUAUCUGCACCCAGCGCAACAGAGCAAGGCAUUGCUGAGCUGAGCAUGUCCUCCUUUAUGCAGCUUCAUGAAAAGCCUUCUGCUGUUUUCUCAGAGGGGAUUGAAGUGGACAGCAUCCCUUCCAGAAGGUACAGUGAUAUAGUGAUCUCUCCUGUUUCUUCCGGAACCAGCAGCCAGAGAUCUGAAUUGUUGACAGAGCACCCUUUAGUAUCAGGUGCAACUAGAUCAGUCAUGUUCCCUCCCUAUACUGACUCUGUUCUUCAGCCGUUGUCUCGGCAAAUCAGCAGCCUUGACCGCAUAGUAGAGCAGAAUGAUGAAGCCGUGUUGCAUUUUGCUGAAAGGGAGCUUGGCAGUGAGGAGGCAGAGGAGGAAACCCAGCUGGUUGUGUUGGACCCAGAACAUCCCUUGAUGAAAAGAUUCCAAACUGCUCUGAAGACCUACCUCAAUAAGCAGAUAGGAAAGCUGUCCGACGAGCUUCGUGAGCUGACAGCAGGCACGAAGAACAGGAAGGUGCAGAGGGAGGAACUUGGUGUGCUCCUUUACGGGGUCCAGCAGCAGUUGGCCCGGCUGCAGAUGGAACUGGAGAAGAACCACAACUGCCAUUCUCAGAUUGCCAUGGCCCGCCGGCAGCUGGAGGAAGAACUGCACGACCUCCGGGGCUCGUACAAGAAGACUUGCCAGAGCACUGAGGAGGAACGCAAAAGAGUUUCUUCCAUGCAGACAGAGAUGGAAAGUCUUUCCUUGCGCCUGUUCUACAUGCAGAACAUGGACCGAGAUGUCCGCGAUGAUAUUGCUGUGAUGAAGAGAACAGUGAAGAAGGCUGAAAUGGAGAGGAUGCGUGCAGAGGUGGAAAAGCAAAAACAGGACCUUCAUGUGGACCGCUUAACGAGGAGGGUUGACGACCUGCAGGAGCAGAUUGCUCUCUACGAAGCUCAGCACACGGCCCAGGGUGAAGACACCAGAAUCACUCGACAAGAAGUCAGCGAGGCAAGUAUAGAGAUACAAGCUAUUAACCUGGAAAAGAAGCAGCUUUUGCAUCAAUGGACUGUUAGCUUGACUGGGAUGAAGCGCCGUGAUGAGGCAUAUGCUGCUAUGCAGGAAGCACUAAGAGAAUCCAGGCACAAGCUCAAGUCUUUAGAGGUUGAGAUUGAAGUCUACAAGAAGUCCAUCAUCAAGGAGGAGGAGAGAAAUGAGCUGUUGGCUUCUAUCCUGAACCGCUCAGAGAAUGAUGCUAAUACAACCAGAAAGCUGAUAGCCCAGAGCUUGUCUAAGCAGGAUGCCAUGAAAGUGGAAUUUGGCACCUACACUCGUACCCUGCAUGAGACAGAGGAGGCCCUCAAUCGGGCCAAUAUGGAUCGAGCUGCUCGUUUGAAUGAGCUGGUGGUUCUUCGUAGAGAGACCGAAAGGGGAUCACAAACCAAGCAGGACCUGGAGAAUGAGAUCAUGUCCAAGCUGCAGGAUCAGCUGAUAUCUAACAAAACAGCAAAAUACUAUUUACAGAUAGCCGCUAAGCUUCAAAAUAGAUUGAUGGAUUUGGAGAUACAACUCACUAAAGUCGAGAAUGACACUGCUCAAACCUCACUGGAUAUAACAAACUCCAAAUGCAAGCUGAAUAUACUUGAGAAGAACCUCUCGGAUGCGGACAAGGAAAUGGAUGACCUAAACAACCAGAUCAGUCAUAGCGAGACUGAGAUUGCUAAGCGUAACCUCACCAUCGGGCGCAAACAGGGGAUCAUCAACCUGUACAACAAAAAAUUGGAAAUGAUAAUUUCUCAACUGGGGGGACAAGAAUUGGGGCCCUUGGAAAUCGAAAUCAGGAAACUUGGCAAACAGAUAGAUGAAAUUGACCUGGAGGUGGUGAAGCUGCAGAGACACUGGUUGAAACAGCAGAGGGAGCUAGUGAAGCUUACCCAGGAGCGAGAAGAGCAGCUGUUUUCCUUGGAUAUGGUAAAGAAAGAGAUCACAAUCAAGGAGCAAAAGAAAGUGCGCACAGAGAAUGAAAUCCAGCAGGAGAAAAAUGAACUGAAGGACAUUGAGCGUCACAUGAAGAAUAUGGCUAACGAUUUGGUGAAGCUACAUUUAUUGAUCAAUAAGAACAGUGAGAAUUCUGAAGAGUUGCAGCAGGGCAACACCAUCAUGGAGAAUGAGUUUGUGCGCUCUCUCAAGGUAUCAGAGAGAGAAUCAAUUGAGAUGCAAGAGAAACUGGACCGAAUCCAUGAGGAAAAAGAGAGACUCAUUAACAGUCUAGUGGAGGCGGAGUGUCAGAUGAUGCAAUGGGAGAAGAAGAUACAGUUGGCUAAAGAGAUGCGUGCUGCAGUAGACUCAGAGACUGGGCAGGGUGAAAUCCGAGCCAUGAAGACUGAAAUUCACAGGAUGCAGGUAAGGUACCAGCAGCUGAUGAAGCAGCAGGAGAAGCUAAUGCGGGAUAUGGAGGCAGCUGUUGCCCGCAGAGAGACCAUUGUGACUCGUGCAGAGGGCCAGAGUAAAUUGAAUAAGCAAGUGCUCACCAAGGGUGAUUUCCACUACAAGAGGCUGGAGCUAAUGAAAAAGAUCAAAGAGACCCAGAAGAAUGCUGAGGAGUGCAACAGAACCAUAACUCAGCUGGAGAAUUCACAGAGGAACAUCAGUAAUGCACUUCUGGAGAAGCAGAAACAAAUCUCCCUCAUGAAUGCUGAUGUGAAUGAGCUUGAACUAGAACUGGAUCAGCUUCAGGCAAAGAAACAGCAGAACCUUUCAGAUAUUGUGGCCAAUCAGACCCGCCUGAAGCACAUGCAGGCGGUGAAGGAAGAUAGAUACAAUCCAAUAUGCCGUAGCGAGAUCAUGAUACGCGUUGAACGGCAGAAGCUGGAGGAGCGGCUGGCUGCCAUUCAUGUCAUUCUCCAUCAGAUUCAGGACGAGCAUCCUCAUCACCACAGGACAUUGCAAAGGCUCAUCCGAAUCCUAAGCAACAGGCUGGAUGCUCAAGCAGCACAGUAGCACCGGGCAGGGAAUUAGAACUGGAACAUUGACCUUUUAGACGUUUCACAAAUAAAUACGUAUUUGUAUUGAACAUUGUUGCCUGGCUUUUGGUCAGUGGAGAGUUAAAACAGGAAAGAGAAGGAAGGUGUGGGGA